AUGAGUGACGUCGCUGCGAUCAUCAACCUCGUCAACAAGUUCGCGCUCGCCUACUCGCUCGAGAACGCCGAGCAGUCGAUCCAGACGCUCCUGUCGCUCUUCACAGACGACGCGACGUUCGUCGAGGAGCUCGUGGGCGGCAAGUGCGCGGGCAAGAGCGAGAUCGAAGCGGCGCUCAAGGACCUGGCCGAGCUCAAGUUCGUGGCCGACACGCGCCACUUGCCGAGCGGCCACGUCGUGGAGCUCCUGGACGCUGACAACGCGACGGUCUCGAGCCACACGACGGUCUUCUGGAAGUGCACGCCCGUCAUGGUCGUCGCCUGGACGGACGUGCUCGUCAAGCGCGACAGCCAGUGGCUGUUCCAGCACCGCGCAGCUGACGCGGUGCAGAAGAACCUCGAGAUGAUUGGCGAGAUGCAGCUGCGCGGCAAGAAGCAGUACGCGCACAAGGACGAGGCGUGA